GUCAGACAAGCUCUCUUUCUAUCUCUCUCUCUCUUUCUCUCUCUCUCUUUCUCUCUCUCUCACACACACACACCGGCAUGCACCGGCUUUUCUAAUCAGUCAGUUCAGAGUGUCUGACCAUUGGAUGGACCACUGCUGGACCCUUUUGGACCACUGUUGGACCCCCCUGGACCCCUGUCUUGUGUUCUGCAGCUCACGCUGCCGCAGCAGAAGAUCAAAGAGAAGCGAAGAAAGCGAAACUUUUGAUGUUAGACGUCUUUUUGUCUGAUCUCUUCCGUUCUUCCUCCUAAUCCUCCACUUCUUGCACGCGGAUGCCUCCUCGCCGGUUCACCCCGCGCGCCGCCGCCGUUCGGGUCACGAUGGUCAGCGUGUGUCCGCGCGCCGCGAUCGCCGUGUGACAUGCAGUCGCUGAUCUCCCCCGUGACCAAGGCGGUCCUGGUCGCGCUCUUCAUCUUCGCCAUCUUACUCAUCCUCUACGUGAUCCUGUGGUACAUAUGCAGGGACGUGGACUGCGACCAUGGCAUCUGAGCGCGUGCGUGCCCAUGGCCGAGGGGUCACCCUGUUUUGCCCAGCAAGAGCGGGAGGGUUGCCAUAGUGACUGGGGGAGCCAGAGGAAUGGGCUAUGAAACUUCCAGACACCUGGCGAGCCUGGGCAUGCACGUGGUCAUCGCUGGAAAUGAGGAAGACGAGGGUCUGGUAGCGGUGAAGAAGAUUCAGGAGCAGACGGGACAGAGGAAAGUGGAGUUCAUGUACCUGGACUUGGCCUCCUUGAAGUCCGUGCGACAGUUCGUGCAGCGGUUUAAAGCCAGGGGUCUGCCUCUGCAUGUCCUCGUCAAUAAUGCGGGUGUUAUGCUCGUCCCAGAGAGGAAGACGGAGGACGGGUUCGAGCUGCACUUCGGACUGAACUACCUGGGACACUUCCUGUUGACCAACCUGCUGCUGGACACCUUGAGGAGUUCGGGCAGGAGCGGCCAGUGCUCUCGCAUCGUCACCAUCUCUUCAGCCACGCAUUAUGGAGGACGCCUCAACCUGGACGACCUGCAGCGCAGGUCGUGCUACAGUUCCCAUGGAGCAUACGCUCAAAGCAAGCUUGCGCUGGUGCUCUUCACCUACCACCUGCAAGACCGGUUGUGUGCUCAAGGAGAUCCGGUAACGGCCAACGCCGUGGAUCCAGGCAUGGUGGACACAGACCUGUAUGAGAACCUCUGCAGCCCUGCCCAACUGGCCAAGAGACCUGUGGCCAAACUGCUGUUUAGGACGCCGGCUGAAGGAGCCUCCACGGCCAUCUACGCCGCAGCUGCCUCCGAGCUGGAGGGGGUCGGGGGGCUGUAUCUGUACAACGGCCGCAAGACCGAGUCCUCGGUGACCUCCUACGACGAGCAGCUGCAGGGCCGGCUGUGGAAGCAGAGCUGCGCUCUGGUGGGGCUUCAAAAGGCCUGAGGAACCCGGAGAACGGCAGCUGGAGCUUCGCAUUCGAGCCGGCGGAAAGCCUGAUCUCAUGACGCCCACAUUUUCAUCUUUCAUGCCUGAUUCAGUGUUAAUUUUCGUGGGAGUUUUUUUUUUUUGCGGGAGAAAAGAAGCAGCCGUUGCUCCUUCUUUAAUCGUAGACGUACGCACAACGACGUGGGGUGACCACGUCAUGGGGUGUCUUGAUUGAUUGCCUACCUACAAGUGAAUGAUGAAUGAUGCCUAUAAGUAUAGUAGCGAGAUUUUAGCAGAACAAAAAAGGUAUUUUAAGACUAAGAAUGGUAAAAUUUAAUAUAUAUUAAUUGUAACAAGUGACGAAUGAGAACUGUGUUAAGCUAGGCGAAUCAAACGAAUCAAAUCGAAUUUGACUGUGAUUCAGACUGAUGAUCUGCACUAAGCCAACUUUUUAACCACGAUUCUUCGUGAUUAUUCUUCUUCUUCUUCAGAUAGGAACCAUAUAGGAAUCAGAACUAACGCAAUAAGUUUCAAGGUUCUACUGAUUUGCCAAGCUGGGGCUGAAAUCGCUCCAAUUUCUAUCAAAUUCAGAUGUCGUCCACUCAACAACGGUAAAGACAAUCAACGUGCAAAUGGAUUGAAGUCAUGUACUGCCUCAAAUUGUCCAAGAUGGACGUCUCUUCACUGUUGAUAAUUUUUUAUUUUAUUUUAUUUUUUCCGUUUUUUUUCCAUCAAUGGAAAAAUGUUGCUGUUUCGCUUCUUUGCUUAUAUAUAUAUUUUUUCCCUCUAAGUAGUUCUGCUCUAUUUUGUGACUGCUGAAAUCAAGCUCAAGCAAAUCUUCAAAUGUUUCCUUAACAAUUACCAACUCUCGUUUCGAACAUAAAAACGUGAAAAUAAAAAAAGUGUUUUUGGCGGGAAAACAGUACAGCUUUUCCUCCUAUGGUUCUUCCAUCUUCCAUUGGAGUUCAGAAUAUAGAAUCCUCCAGAACAAAAAAAAAGAAAAAAAAACAA